CUAAAUAAGAAUCCGACCAGUGCCAUACGGACGUAGAAUGCACCACACGUAUAAUACGGCCGCCGCUGCCUGUUGCUCCGUAGCCGUAUGAACGAACGUUGUAUUUUAUAAAGUUACAGUAUUUUUUUUUUCAAAGUAUAAUAUUCGUCACGACCUCCGUUGGCCGUUGGAUCGUUUCGGUAUUGUUUCGUUUGUCGAUAUUUGAUCUAGCUACCGGUUUUCAAGACGGACGUGUAUGCGCACGCGGACCGGCCGACUAAUACUAUUGGACCUGUACGAGAGGGGAGAAGCAAGCGAAAAAACUGGCGAAAUGUGUAGUCGAAACUUCGAAGCGGGAGGAAGCUGGUAAAGCAGCGUAGCAGUAGCCGGAAGAUACCAUUUUAACGGCUAUUCCCACACAGAAGCCGUGACGAAUCGCAUUCGAACAAUAGAAACGCGUGCCGCGCCGUGCAGGCUAUUCAUCUGACACAUAUAUUAUAUUGUACGUGUACACACAUAGAGCAUGUCAUCUUCGGUGGACGGACAACAACAACAACAACAGCAGCAGCUGACCGGUUCGCCGGUGGCAGUGACUGGGUGCCAAGACAUGCCGUCGCCGACCGGUAUGGCGGCGGCGCCCGGCGCUCUGCCGUCUCCUCAUCCGCAGGCCGUGAUGUCGCCCAACGCCGUGCAGGACUUGCCGCCGCAGAGCUCGUCGCCCGUCAUGUUGGCCACCAUGCAGCCGGUCAGCGUGGACGAAUUCUCCGAGGCCAACGAAGACUAUCAACAGCAGCACCACCACCACCAGGAAGAUCCCCUUGACCAGAAGACGCUGAUCUACAUAUCGGAUACGGAUCCGCAGCAGACGAUCAUCUACGAUCCACAGAAUCCGGGAUCGCUGCCGCCCGGCCUAACCCUGCAGCAGGACACGGCCAACGGGUCGGCAGUGUCCGUGCUGGUCCACCAGGGUCAGGCCGGACAACAGUACCUGGGAGCGCCGGGCACCACAGUGUUGGUCAUGCAGGAGCUGGUCGACGACAUGGGCCACAUACUGCAGCAGAACGUCAGGAGACGGCGGGGUAGUGACCGGGACGAGGAUCACGGUGACGCCGACGGCCACGAUCAUCACAACGGCGAUCACCUCCAGCAGCCGCAUCAGCAUCACGACGGCGUAAUGGCCGAUUCCGAGACGGGCGGCGGCGUGGCCGAUCAGCCCGCCGAGCCUGGCGGCUGGAGGCCGUCCUAUUACGAGCACCCGUUGACCGCGGCCACGUCGGCCAUGCUCAACAUAUCGGGCGGCGACGACCAACAACAGCAGCAGCAGCAACAGCAACAGCAACAACAGUCGGCCGGCCAACAGGGACAAGGCGCCGCGCCACUGAGUUUCGUCUACGAGUAUUACAAGCUGCCGCAUCUCGCGCCGGUCGCCACUGGCGACAACAAGGACAAGCUUACCGACAUUUGGCCGACGACGUCAUCGCCAAACGGGUCGCUGUUGUCCGCCCAACUGAAACCGAGCAACGGACUUUCCGGGUUGGAGAUCGGCGCGUCGCACCUGAGCGACCUACAAGGGCUGUUCCUGCACCAGCAGCAGCCGCUGAAACGCGAACCGGAAGACCUGAGCCACCACCGGGGCGCCAAGAGCAAUGCGGACGCGUUGAACAAGACCGGACGGCCCAAAGUGGUAUUGGUCGCGCCGGGCAACCACGCGCAAGAGUUGGUCGUCGACGUGGUCAACAACAACAAUAACAACCAGGCCAACCACAACGUGAAAGAAGAGUACGGCCACUCGCCGCCGCAGCACAACAACCGGUCGAUAAACGGCACGCCGUCGUCCACGUCGUCGCUCAUCACGGAAAUGAACCCUCCGCCGCCGUCCAUCGAUCUCAUCGCCACCGCGGACGGCCUCAAACCGUCCAUGUACAGCACCCACAUAUUCACGGCCAUGACCGGCCAGCACACGGACAGCGGCACGCCGUCGCCCAACUCGUACGAACACUCGCAGUACACGACGUCGUCGGUGCUGGGCGCCAACCCCGGAUACAUUACCACUUCCGCGGGACGGGCGCCGUUCGCCCCCGACCAGUACUAUCGCGAGUACUUUGGCGGUGCGGCCGCCCCCGAGCCCGGCCCUUACGCCACUCAAAUCAGGCAGACAGCGUCCUACGGCAGCGACGCCUCGGACGCCGGCGCCGUGUCCAACGCCGCGGCCACCGCCUCCUUCGUCGAGCGCUACGUUCGGCAGAGUUCGUACAACAACAAAGGCGUCAUAGCGGCCGCCGGCCUCACCGUCGACCUGCCGUCACCCGACAGCGGCAUCGGCGCAGACGCCAUCACUCCCCGCGACCAAAACACCAUCCAACAGUCUUUCGAUUACAGCGAGAUGUGUCAAACACCGGGCAUGCUCGGUGAACACCAAACGCAGAGGACGCCCACCGGUGGCCGGUCGAGACCGUGGCACGACUUUGGCAGGCAAAACGACGCCGACAAAAUCCAAAUACCAAAAGUAUUCUCAAACUACGGGUUCCGGUAUUUCUUGGAAUCGCCAAUCUCCACCAACCAGAGACGCGAAGACGACCGGGUGACGUACAUCAACAAAGGUCAGUUCUACGGCAUCACAUUGGAGUACAUCCCGGAUCCGGACAAGCCGUUGACCAGCCAAACAGUCAAGAGCGUGGUCAUGUUGAUGUUCAGAGAGGAGAAGAGCCCAGACGACGAGAUCAAAGCGUGGCAGUUCUGGCACGGCAGACAGCACAGCGUCAAACAGAGGAUACUCGAUGCCGACACGAAAAACAGCACUGGUCUGGUGGGAUGCAUCGAAGAAGUAUCGCACAACGCCAUCGCCGUCUACUGGAACCCUCUGGAAAGUCCGGCAAAAAUCAAUGUCGCUGUCCAAUGCCUGAGUACGGAUUUCAGCAGCCAAAAAGGCGUAAAGGGUUUGCCGUUACACCUACAAAUCGACACCUACGAAGAACCCAGAGACGGACCCGUCUAUCACAGAGGAUACUCUCAAAUCAAAGUUUUCUGCGAUAAGGGAGCCGAAAGGAAGACCAGAGACGAAGAACGGCGGGCGGCCAAGAGGAAAAUGACGGCCACUGGUCGCAAGAAGAUUGACGAGCUGUACCAUCCUCCUUGCGAACGAUCCGAGUUCUAUUCGAUGAGCGACCUCAGCAAACCGCCAGUACUGUUUUCGCCGGCCGAAGACAUUGACAAGCUGACGUCGAUGGAACUUCAAGGAUUCUACGGGCACGACACGGACACGUCCAGCCUAUCCAACGGCGAGCCGGGUUCGCUAAAACACUCCUCGCCGUUCCUGUUACACUCCGGCGUGGCCAACAAGCCGGCAGGCACCACCACCCAAACGCUCAAGUUCCACAACCACUUCCCGCCGGACACGCACAGCGUGUGUUAUUACAACAGCGAGAAGAAAGAAGUGUUGGACCAGAGCGGGCUGACCACGGACGGCACUGUGUUCUCGAGUCCGCCCAACAAACGGUCAAAGCUGGUGCCUCCCAUCAACGAACGGGUCAUGCUGUACGUCCGGCAGGAUACCGAAGACGUGUACACACCCCUGCACGUCAUACCGCCGACGACCCAAGGACUUUUGAAUGCUAUUGAGGCUAAGUACAAAAUUUCUGCUUCCAGCAUUAGUAACAUGUAUCGAAAAAACAAAAAAGGGAUUACGGCCAAAAUUGAUAACGACAUGCUCAAGUAUUAUUGUAAUGAAGAUUCAUUUCUAUUAGAAGUCAGACACGCUGAAGAAAACGAAAACAUGCUAGACAUAAUAUUGAUAGAAUUUUUAGACCACUGAAAACAAAUUGCACUUGUUUUGACGUGCAAAAUCAUUUAAAAAUUCCUAUCAUCAAUUACCAAUUUAUUAUGCUCAUUAAAAAAAAACAUAUUUUGUUUAAAAAAUAUGUAAGAAUCAUUUAUCCAAGUUGAUUUUGAUUGCUAGUUUAUAAGUGAUUAGAAUUAGAUGUUUUGUGUAAAUAUUUAAUAUAGAUAUUUUGUAUACAAUUCAAAGCCAUUUGAACAUCCAUGACAAAUUGUGUUGUUCAGUGUUUUUUUUAACACUAAAAUUUAUGAGACAAAUUUCCAAAUUUUGCACACCUUAUGCUCAGUCAAUUUAUUUUUAAGUUGUUUUUUAAAACAGUAUUAUAGAGGUUUAUUUUAUAUUUGACCAAAAUAAAUUAGGUAGUAUAGAUUUUUUAUUAUUAAAUGGAUAUUCGAAUAUGCAUACAAUUUUAACUUAAAUGUGAUACAUAAAUAAAUAGUGUCAAACUACUUAGCCUUUAAUUUGUAUUAUUUCAAUUUUUUUUUAUUGAAUUUCGGUCGAAUGUGAUUUGAAUAUUGUAACUUAAAAGUAUUAAACACAAAAAAAUAAUUUGCUCAAUUUUUAUGAGAAACGAAUUAGUCUUGAAAUAAUGACAAUACAUUUUUUAAUCAAUAUUGUUGUAUCGUUUUUAGUAUUUGCUCAUAUUAUAACUUUGUCAAUAAUAUACCUUUUUUUUUGUUUUAUUUUAUUGAGGGGCGAGGAUACUAUUAUUAUUAUAAGAAAACGUUGAUCAAAAAUAUAUUUUUUGUCAUGUUAUACUCGAAACGAGUAUUUUCAACAUGUUUCUUUUUUGUAUUUAUCUUUUAUAUUUGUACAUAAAUUAAGUUUUAACGAUUAUAAUAGAAAAUAUAUUAAUGUAGAGUUAAUUAGUUGUACGUAUUUAAAAGUAUUAUGUUUUGUUUUUAUUUAUCUAUUGUAAUUAUAAGUUCAAAAGUUAAUUCGUGUUAUAUUUUAAUAUUACCCAAAUUUAUAUCGAAUAAUUAUGUUAAAUGUAAAUAUUAUUGAAAUGAAACGUAAAACAUUCCAGUUAACUUUGUAUUGUUGCUCUACUUAUUAGUAUAAUGACGAUUCUUGCCAUUUUUUGUUUGUAUCAAAAUUGAAAUCUUUGGAUCUGUUUUAAUAUUUUAAAGUUUAGCAGUCAAAAUAAUAAAAAUAAAAAAAAUUGCCAAAAUUAGUAACACUUAAUAGUAACGUUGAUCUCAUGUUGCUGAAAAGCUGGUUGUUCAAUUUAAGACGUGUUUUUAUUAUCAAAAUUAAUUUUAAAACAAAUCUUAAAAUAUUUAGUUAGUAACUUGUAUCAAAUAAAAUUAAGGCCAGAUCCAGCACGCAUGAUACAAUUUUAUUGUGCAAUUUUUCAGCUAGUACAUUAAUUAGCUCGUUAGUUGAAAAAAAUAUAAUAUACGUGUAAUCUAAUUAGAGUGCCAUUCAUUUUUAUUAUUAUUAUUAUUAUUAUUAUUAUUAUUAAUAUUAUUAUCAUUAUUAUUAUUAUUAUUUGCUAUGUAUUCUUUAAAAUAUUUUUUCCCAGAGACAAAUAAGUUUUCCACUUAUGAAAUCUACACAGUUUAUUAUUAUAAAAGUUUUUUUUUUUUGGUCAGUUUACUGCCAUAAAUAAUUGGAUAACAUGAUCAAUUUUUUGUCUUAACUUUAUAAUUGUCAGUAAUAUAUUUAUGAUAUUGUAACAUAUAUUAUCUAAAUUAUGUUUUAUGUUCAAAUGUUUGUUGCCUUUUAUAAUGAAUAAAAUGGCAAUUUCGCAAUACUAUAUAUAGUAAUUAUAUACAGGUUUAUAUUAUUUGCAUUUAUGUCGAACGACUUGCAUUC